AUGUCACUAUCGACUGUUGGGUACUUCGGCUACAAAUGCUACGCUGAAAUCAACAAACUCAUGGACCGUUCUUCCAAAUCUUCAGCCCGCAGUCGCAUUUUCCAACUGCAAUUGUUCUACGCUCUGGUCACGCAGACCCUCAUUCCUGUCAUUCUGAUGCAUAUUCCCGUCUUCUUCCUCUACGUUUCUGCAAUUCUCGACAUGGAUAUCGGAAUGCUCAGCGGCACUGUAGCGAUUGCUAUUGCUCUGUUUCCCGCAAUAGAUCCUAUGCCCACUAUGUUAAUCAUCAAGAACUACAGAAGUGCUCUCAUCGGUGAGACAGUUGCAACAACUCCGUACGUUGAAAUUUCCAGGAGUGCUCACUUCUUGCUGUCGUCGUAA